GGUCUUCGGAUGUUGGUCACAAAUCUCGGGGACCAACGACCACAAACCGUCGCCGCGGCCGCUUCGAGGACCCAGCGGGCCGAAUGGGGGCUGCCGCGGGGAGAGGAGAGGCGGCCAGGGGGCGGCUGCAGCAGCGGCGGCUGCAGCGGCAGCCGGAGAGCGGGAGCCGGGGGUGGGAAGGGCUCGCGCUGUCCUCGCGCCUCCGCCUCGGCCGCUCGCGCCCCGAGCUCAGGCACCAGCGCUAGGCGUACUCCACCAGCCCGCGUCGAGAACUCCCCAUCCGCCGCGCCGGGUCAGCUCCCAGCCAAUCAGGGUCCAGCUCCUAGGAGCCCCCGGGAGGUGGGAGGGCGGGGGGCGGGGAGCAGGAGUGCCCCCUCCCCCAGCCCAGCCUGCGCUCACUCGGUGGGAACCAGCCGAAACACAGAAAUGGGCGGGCUCACAGUUGAAAUCUGAAAGGACCACAUGGCCGUGCGGCGAAGUGGUUUGGACGGGCAGAGAGGGUAGCCAAUGAGGGAGUAGUUCAGUCCCAGAAAUGUUUUUGGGAGCCAACCAAGGAAGGGUUACCUCGAGCUAGAGCGCACGUGGCGGAGAGGCACCUACUCCUGAGAAAAGUUGUGUAGCUGAAGGGAUUCCAGGACAGUCACUGGUGAGGAGCAAGUUGUUGUCUACUACCUCUUCUUCCAGAUCCAUGCUGUAGUAACCCUGAGAACAAAACUUGGUUGAGGGGAAUGAGAUUAUGAGACUGGAAUUUUUCCCAAUUUACCCAAGUGAUCUUCAGGACAGAGGAAGGGGUAUGCCAGCUAGGCCCCAGAGGGCUGAAGGACGCCUAAAGAAGCCGUCUACUCCAUAACACUUCUAAAGUGAAGAACCACAAGGGCAAGAGUGAAUAAGCCAAGCCAGUCUAAUUUUGCAAGAUCAGAUACCAUGGACUAAUCAAUAAACUCUUUCCUAUUACCAUAUGCCUAGAAAAAGACACUAUAGAAAGAAGUGCAGGCUGGAAGGCCGGACAGUAUCACUAAACCUCUGAUAUUUUCCAGGUAAAACUUUACCUGUUUGUUUAAAAAUAAAACAUCUAAUGAUUUAUUUACACCUAUAAAGAAAUGUACUAUUAUGAAUUAUCCCUGAGACCUACCAAGGAUUACAACUUAAGAGGGAAACUUCCAAAUGCUACAAAGAAUGUGAUGGGCUUGGUUUCACCCUUCGAUUUUUAGUCCCCGUUGUGGCUAUGGCGGGUUGUCCUCCACUCUGGCCUGUCAGGACUCUGCCCUCAGCCUGGUCUCAGCUUGAACUUUGGGAGAUGUUAAUUAUUCUUAUCCAUACCUUUGUUUCUCUCAAUAAAGAUUUCACUGAGCCUACACCAUUCAGAGUUAUUCACUCUCCAAUCAAUUGUUUUCCCCCUACUUAGUUCUCUGUAAUUGCUUUACAAUUUUUCUCUUUACAUGACAACUUCUAAAUCCUAUUAAUUAAUUAUUAUUGAUUAAUAUAAUGAUUACUGAUUAAAGCACAUAUAAAUUUUACUUCCA